CACGUGCAGUAUACCCACUGUGUGCCUGGUACUGCUAAGGAGAGGGGGGUAGGGAUGGACAUAGAUUAAACAUAACUGAAUAGUAUCCUGUUUUUAUCUCACGAUGCACAUCCAUUUCAGAGGCAAUGAGUUUCUAGUACCUGCAGAAAUAAGGGCUCCAGGAUCCAGAGCCCCUUUUACCUUAGGAAAGAAAGAAGAUUUUCUUCCUUCCCCUAUUGUACAUCCGGUUCUCUCGCCCUGUUUCAAACAUUGGCGGUAAACAUGCACGAUGGGUAUUCCAUAUUCUGCACAGCGAAAAGAGCGUGAAGUUGUUUUACGAAACCGGUGAAGCAUAUUUUAGUGGUCGACCCAAGAUUCAAACUCAGGUCUCUACCACAAAUUCAACUUUCUGUAGUGGUUACCCUCUGGGUCCUGGACCUGCCUGUCUCAUUCUGGAGGCUUCCAGACAGCCACAGUUAGUGCCCAAACCUGAGACGAUGUCUUCAGAUGGAGCAUCUCCGCUGCCAGGAUCGGACAUGACCGUGGAUCCUGGCACCGCCCUGUCGCCUUUCACUGCACUUCCCUUCCCCCAACCUGCUCCUGGCCCGCCAGACCCACCACCGUGGGAGCCGCCCUCGCAGGCCCCCGUGCCUUCAGCAUUCUCUCCAGGCAGCCCUCUGGUGCUCUCUGCUUUCCCCAGCCCGUUGCUGGUGACCGGGGAUGGGGGCCCUGGCCCCAGUGGAGCCGGAGCUGGCAAAGUCAUUGUCAAGGUCAAGACAGAAGCGGGGUCAGCUGAGCCCUCUCAGACUCAGAACUUUAUCCUAACUCAGACCGCCCUCAGUUGGAUUGCCUCUGCUGCUCCCUGCGGGGGUCCUGAGAGUCCUGCUACCGGGCUCCUGACAGCCUCUAAUGUGAAGACCCUUCUGCCCACUAAGGCUGUGGGGCUGAACCAGGAGGGUGUCCCAUGCCUUCCUGCUCAGGCUCCACCACCAGCUGCCCAACUGGCCCCCAUCGUAUCCCCAGAAAAGGCUUGGCCAGGGCCACAAGGGACAACCGGGGAAGGAGGUCCUACGGCCACCCGACCCAAGCCCUCGCUGGGUGACCUCUCCUGUGCCUCCAAGGGUGUUUAUGAGAACUUCCGGCGCUGGCAGCGCUACAAAGCCUUGGCACGAAGGCACUUAUCCCAGAGUCCUGAUGCAGAGGCCCUUUCCUGCUUUCUUAUCCCAGUGCUUCGUUCCCUGGCCCGGCUGAAGCCCACGAUGACCCUGGAGGAGGCACUGCCAAGGGCUGUGCAGGAGUGGGAACGUACUAGCAACUUCGACCGGAUGAUCUUUUAUGAGAUGGCAGAAAAGUUCAUGGAGUUUGAGGCUGAGGAGGAGAUGCAGAUUCAGAACACACAACUGAUGAGUGGGCCCCAGAGCCUGCCUCCGGCAGCCCCUCUGAAACUUGAUCCUUCAGGACCACCUGCCCCUGAGGUUUGCCAGCAGCCAGUGUACAUUCCCAAGAAGGCGGCCUCCAAAGCACGGGCUCCCCGCCGGCGGCAGCGCAAAAGCCAGAGGCCUCCGGCCCCUGAGGCCCCCAAGGAGAUACCACCAGAAGCGGUGAAAGAGUACGCGGACAUCAUGGAAGGGCUGGUGGGGAGCCACUUGGCCCCUGAGGAGUCAGAUGGGAGACAGGAAGAACAAGAAGAGCAGCAGGAGGAAGGGAUAUAUCCAGAUGCCAGUCUUCUGAGCUAUAUCGAUAAGCUGUGUUCUCAGGAGGUCUUUGUCUCCAAGGUGGAAGCGGUCAUUCACCCUCAGUUUUUGGCAGAUGUGCUGUCCCCAGAACAACAGAGGGAUCCCUUGGCCUUAAUUGAGGAGCUGGAACAAGAAGAAGGACUCAGUCUUGCCCAGCUGGUCCAGAAGCGACUCCUGGCCUUGGAAGAGGAGGAGGAUGCCGAGGCACCUCCAAGUUGCAGUGCAGCCCAGUCAGAUUCAAGUCCGUCUAUUUCUGAUGAGGAUGAAGAUGGGGGUGGGCGGCUUCGGCCCUCACCUGGGCCUCGGGGGGCUGGGGGCUCCCUCCGUCUUGGAAAGGCUGCUUCUCUCGGAGAGCAGGCAAGAGAAGUGUCUGGUGGUCCGGAGCAGGCCCUACGUGGCCUGAGGGUGAUGGGCAGGGAUGGGAACACCUUGCCAUCCCCCAGCGGCUGGGGCCUGCAGCUAGAAAUUGCAGCUCCACAGGGGACUCAAGGGCCCCCGAGUAUAGAGAGGAGAGGGUCUGGGGAGGUUACAAACCAGAUAUCCCCACCACAGGAUGACCUCCUGGGAGGUGCUGGGUCCCCUGGGCGCUUCCUGGGCACUGACAGGACUUCCGAGACUCUCCCCCUACGCUGGCAGGAAGGCACCGAGCUAGAGCUCGUUCCCUGUUUGGAUGUUGGACUUGCAGGGCUGGCUCCUCUGCAAGGACAGGGGUUAGAAAAGCAGACCCUGGGGCUGCAGCCAAGACAAGAGGUAGAGGGUAUUGGAGUGGCUCCUCAGAGCAUGGAGCCAUCGGUAUUGUCCCAGAAAGGCUCUUCAGAGGCCACGUGGGGAGAUGACAGUGGUCUCCCCACAGUUCAGAGUUAUGAUCAGAACCCUUCACCUAGAACAGCUGGGAAUAGGGACGAGGCCGGGGUUUCUCUCAGCCCGAGGCUAUGGCUCAGCAGUGAGAUGGAUGCUGCAGGCUUGGAGUUGCCCUUACAGAUCGAGGAGGUCAUAGAGAACCUCCAUGAGGAGGAAUGUGUAACUGAGCCUCAGGGGGAUGGCCAGGCAUUGGGCUCUAGAAGCAGAAUUUCCCUGGGCCCCAGAGAAGCCCUGGCAGCUGGGGAUGUGGGAAGCAGUGCAGUUCCCUGUGGAGACACGGAUGCCACAGUUGCCCUAGAAGAGAGAAACUAUUGUGGCCUGUCGGAACCUCAGAAGGCCAACAGCCCAGCCUCGAGGCCUAGAAACGACAUGGCACAGAGCCCUGGGACUCUGCAGGAUCCUGGUGAUCUGUGGCCUGAAGAUUGCCCCCCUUUGCUAGAAAGCAGAAUUGGGGCCUCUACACUGGGGGCUUCUAAAGAAACUCUCCUGCCUGCAAGUCAAGGCAGUAUCCUUUUCCUGGGGACCCAGGACACCUCCUCCUUUCCUGAGGCCAGCCCAGAGGCAGGGAGCAGUCGCAAUUCCAUUUCUCCUCUGUUGGAAACCACGUAUGUCAACCUACUAGACAUCAGGGAUGCCUGUGGCCUCCAGCUGGGGGUCAGCGAGGAUAUUUGCCCCCUAAGCUUUAAUUCUUAUGACCCCCAAGGAGAAGGCAGGGAGAAUACUGAUUUAUCUGAGCCUAAAGACCUUGCUCCCUCACCAGGGGAUCAAGAAUCUUCUGGCCAUGGGAACCCCAAAUCAAUACCUCCUCACCAGGGCCUUAGAAGCACUUCCCCCAGCUGGGGAACCAGGGAUGCCUUAGUUGUGAGAGAAGCCUCUCCUGUUAUUGAAGCACGCAGUUCAGCAGAUGGGGCCAAAGCGGAGGAGGAAGAGGGGGAGGAAGACAAGGAGCUGUCCAACUUUGCCUACCUCUUAGCCUCUAAACUUAGCCUCUCACCGAAGGGGCUUCCCCUCAGUUCUCGCCCUGCUUCAGGCUUGCUCGCCUCAGGGCAUCCUCAGGGGACCCAGAGAGCAUCGCACUCCCUUGCUCCUAAGGCAACAGGCCUCGGCCAGCCUCCUGCUGCCAAGUCUGGGAAGCGAGCCCUAGUUGGAGGACCAGUCCCUGUUGAAAAGAGGCCUUUACGGGGAGAUGAACCAGGGGCGCCUGGGGAGAAACCAGUGGCUCUGGGAGUGAUUUGCACCUCCCAGCCUCGUAAAAGAAAGCGCGAUGGUUUCUCCAAGAGCAGGAGGAAGAAACGACGUCGCAGCCAGUAGGGGGCAGCCAGACCAUCCUGUCCCACCUGCCAAUCCCUGUGGGUGGGGGCCCCCCCGGAGGAGACUAUCUCUCCCUGGCAGCCUGUGAACAGACACCAGACCUUGCUCUCAGCCCUAUGUUGUUUUGUUGUUCUGUGCCUGGGGCAAAGGGGUGUCACACUGGCUAGGUUGGAGGUGGUCCCCUGGGUGAGAGGUUGGGGGAAGCACCUUUGGAAGUUGUAUGAGAAAAAAAAAUAAAGCUUUUGU